AUAGGUUUCUGCGACACAAAUCUACGAGGGGUCGGUUAUCCCAGCGUCACCGAAUCGGAUGCGUGUCAAUGUCACACCGAUACACUCUAGCACCAUAGUCCUUUGUACCAAAACUCACUCCUUGGUUCGUCACAGGUCUCGCAUGGAGCUUCUCAGGGUUUCUUUCGCAAUGCAAGCGCUGUAGUGCAUGUGGUUACUAGGAAUCGAUAAGUUUGACAGAUCGUGCGUAUCCGUAACUCCAGGAUGAGAAAAUCUCAGGUGGCAGCCACUGUGGUUGCUGCGUUGAGCUCGCUGCUGUGGGCAACGCUUGUGGGAGCACUCUUGGAGAACUCCCACAAGUGUCGUGCGAACUCAGUUGCGAUAGCUGCAUUGCAAUCAGACGCGAAUGUGACUGUGCAUCGCAAAGGAGAUAUCGGAUAUAUCUUCCUCAGCCAAACUGCUGUCAUUCCGCCGUUCCUUGGAGGCCCCAAUGUGACCAGAGGAGUGGUGAUCAUGCCGGAGAAGCAUGUUGCUCCUGAAGCCUACGCGCCUCUAGCUCGCGAAUUGGCGUUGCGGGGGAUCUACGCAGUAAUAAUGAAGAAGGCCCGUGCGGAGCGGGUAUUGCGAGCUAUGAUGCUUAUGCCGCUUUUGGAACACUGGAUUCUGGCUGGACACGGGGAGGAACCCGGAGCUUUGGCAGCCCAGCUUGCACGCACGCUGCACCCCAAAGUGAUGGGCGUGGUUCUGCUAGCAACGCCCAUGCCACUAGACGUGGAUAUGUCUGACCUCAACAUCAUCGUGGUGUCGUUGUAUGGGAGAGAGGACAAUGUGGUCACGCCGGAGACAGUAGAGGAAUCUUUCUCUCGCAUGCCAGGAGACAGUGGAGUUACCUUGUUCCCGAAUCUGGGCCAUUACGACUUUGCGAUGAGUGAUUGUGUGGGUAACAAUGUAACACAACGUGUGAAGCGGGGGUUAGGUCAGUCAGAUGAUUACUUCAACAACAUAGUCUCGAAAGUUUACAGUGCCGUUGUACUUUCUAGAUGGCCGGUCGCUAGUGAGAAAGCUUUGUCGUUUUCAGACAAUGAGAAACUGAAGCCAGGGCACAACGACUCGAAAUUGUACCCUGGAGAUAUUCGAGUUCAAUGUACCGAGGUUCCAAUCCCCAAUACCGGGCCACAGAGGUCGUGGUGGGUGUUUACCCCUACUGAAAUCAAAGGGGGCCUCGUUUAUUACCCAGGCGGAUCUGUGGACGCCCGUGCUUACUUCCCGUUAGCUUUUGAAAUCGCUGCUCGAGGCCACCUGGUGGUAAUUGUCGAGAUGCCACUGCGCUCCGCGAGUUACGGUUACCAGGAUGCGAACACUGUGAUAAGUUCCAAACACCCCUCACUUUCUGGCGUUCCCGAAGGAAUGUGGGCAGUUGGAGGCCAUUCAGCAGGCGGAUACGCUGCCACUCAAUACGUCGGACAGUUCAGCGAUAGGAUAUAUGCUGCCGUCCUGCACGCAGGAGGAUGGGCUGUGAACCUGACAGAGAACCCGCUCCCCAUGGCUAACAUCUACGGCACUCUCGACGAUCUGACUCCAGGAGGUUACGAUCGAUAUCGGUACCGCUACACCGACCCACCUCCGAAGGGGGUUGGUCCUCUCGUGAACCUAGAAACCACCAGAUUCAUCCCGGUCAUAGGCGCGAAUCAUUACCAGACAGGAGACUACGGCUACCAGCCCCCAGACCAGAUCCCCAUCAUCAGCAUGGAGCAGCAAGUCGUGGAAUUCGCCGCCAUGACAGUUUCGUUUCUGGACGAUGCUGCGGCCGGUUGGCCAUUCCCGGCGCCGGCACCGGCAUCGCCCAGUCCCACUCCGGAACCGGCACCGGUAUCACCCAGCCCCACUCCGGAACCGGCACCGGUAUCACCCAGCCCCACUCCGGAACCGGCACCGGUAUCACCUAGCCCCACUCAGAAACCGGCCCCGGCGUCGCCUAGUCCCACACCGGCACCCACGCCGGUACCACCCAGCCUCACCCCGGCACCCGCACCGGCACCGACGUGGCGAAUCCGUGGGGAAACAGGAUAUGCAUUCUAAAUCUAAACCUUAUUUGGAUUUAGCGGAGAAUUGGAGAUGACCAUGUGAUGGUAGAUUGCCCCGUUUGGAAACCAGGAGUAUAAGGAGAAUGGGAUGGGAAAUUUUAUCUCCUAAAAUCUCCAUUUUUCUUCACACAGACUGGAUGUACUUCUGUGACAGUCUCAACUUAAAAGUCAAUAAAUAAAUAAAUAAUCAAGGAUGUAGAGGUUACCAUUUUUUUGGAUUUUGAUAGAGGUUUUAAAAAUUUUGGUUUUCAGUUCUGUGUUUACGUCAGCUUACUUGAAUUUUUAGGUACGCAUUUUAUGCUUUCUAAUUGUGAAAAGAAAACCACAUUAUUGUGUUUUUAAAAAAUAUGAACAAUGUGUUUGUCAUAUAUUUAAGUUUUA